AUGGCAGCUUUCGUGAGAGUCUCGGGACCGCCGAAUAGCAACUUCUUGGUGGGAUACCCGGGGAUUUCGGCGACAUUGCCUCGAAUAGAAGGACGAGUUGAGAUCCGUCCAGGCACAGGAGUCUCCGCUCCCGUCCAUAUAUCCCUCGUCACGGUAUCCCUCCAACGUCGCGAAUCGAUCAACCCUGCCGCCGAAUCCGUCUUCCGAUCACAGCUAUCGUCCCCACGAAAAGAGAUUACAGAUAUCGUAGGGAAGGAAAUGCUACUUUUCCGAUGUUCACCUGGAAAGGAGGCGGAGUCAGUCCUACUAAUGGACCUACCAUUCGUCAUAUUCAUACCAUACGGACGAGGAGGAGAAGAGGUCGCAAGAAGAGUACCGCCCGCAUCAUUACAACUGGACAAGCGUACGGCGGAGACCUUCUACGAGAUUGUGGUGACGGUGCAGCAAGGACACCAGGAGCAAAGGAAACACGCAUUCCCGGUGCCGAUAUCGAGAUACGACACCCUUUCGACCUUUGGCAUGUACAAUCGACCCGAAAGCGCGGAACGAGUGACGGAUCACCUGGUGACACUGGGCAUCAGUCUUCCGCGAUGGAGCUACGGCCCUCUGGACCCAGUCUCAGUCUACAUCAAACUCUCUCCGAACCCAGACUGGAUGAGCAAAGCCAAAAAAGUGCUCAUCCAAUCAAUCACAGUCGGCAUCGACGAAGAAAUCAUUUACAACCCCGAAGGCGACGAGCCCACGCGAAAAGUCAAAACCCUCGCAAAGCACCAACAAUCCGUCGGCGUCAAAAUGCCCGAAGCAGGCUACUUCACCAACCUCGGCCUCGUCUUCCCCGCCCGCGAACUCCGCGACAGCGAAGGCGUGCUCCCGCGAGCGAGAAAGGAGUUCCCCAUGUACAACGUCAGCGGCUUCACGACCACCGGCACGCUGUACAAGAUCGAGUACUACCUCACCGUGAAGGCGAAGCUGUCCUCCGCAAGGGAUAUCUUGCUGAGGCAGCCGAUUGUGGUGUGUCCGUUUGAUCACGCGGGGUGUAAAGAGGAGAUGGAGGCGAUUGAGCAGGCGGCGAAGGACGCGGCGCAUAUUUCUCCGGAUAAUCCCAUGUUGCCGGCAGCGUCGAUUGUUAAGGCGAAUGAUCCGGCGGGGUUGAGGGCGCUUGGGGUGACGAUGAUUGGGAAUCAGAGGAAGCCGUUGAUUGAGUGA